AUGAAAAUAAAUUUCAGCACAGCCGCGCGUCUACUUCACGAACUAACUAUACUGCUGUGGAAUAAUAAGGAUCCAGAGCCCAAAAGUGCUGUUAAAUUGAACUCCCCGUCUUCUGGUACACAUCAUUUGAGCACUGAUAGGUCGGGUCGAUGGCUGGUAGCAGUGUCGUUUGAUGGAAAGGCCACUUUAUACGAUUUAGACAACCUGGCAGGUGAGAACGGUGGUUCUGGAAGAUUGCUGUUUGAAGAUGUAUGGGCUGUGGCUAUAGAACCCAAUGCCCGUCAUGUGGUGGCUUCACAGAUCACAGGUGAUAUUGCUGUAUGGGAUAUUUCUGCAAUUACUGAGGAAACUCCUGACCAAACGACGGAAUCAGCAGCCUCGCAACCACAGAUCAAACGCAUUCAAAAGUUUUCUGGUAAUGGGGGAGUUCUUGGUCUAAGUGUUGACUUUGCAUCGAAUGAAGAGCAUGUGGCAGCAGGGUUUGAAAGUGGUGCCAUUCAUGUCUAUAACUAUAAAACCGGCCGUCUGGAGUAUUCUCUGACCGGCCAUUCGAAUCCGAUUAGGACCGUCAAAUUCUCACCAGCAGCUACUUUAUUGGCCAUUGGCGGCGAUUCGAAGCUCAUUUCUUUAUAUAGCAUGACAUCAGGCGAGCAUAUCACGAACCUAACUGGUAGCGAUGGAUGGGUGUUUGGACUCGACUGGAAUGAGACCGGCGAGUUCUUACUCAGUGCGUCUUAUGACGGCCGGUCUCGAGUCUGGUGGCUCGAAAGCAGGCAAUGCGUGGCUGCUCAAAACGACUCCAGCCAGCCCUUAUUCGGAUGCAAAUGGCUCAAAAAAGGCUGGGGUGUCGGCGUCAUCGGCGGUAUCAACCAAGGUUUUGCCACGGUCGGCGUCGACAAAACUCUGCGCUGGUACCGCGAAGCUGCUGGCAACUAA